ACAGUCAAUCAGCUGUUUUGAAUGAGUAAACACGCACAAACAAAAUAUGGAAGAAGUUAGUUUGGAAAACAAAAAAGACACAAUGAGCACAAUUACAAACGCAGUAAAUGUAUUGGCCAUUGGGGAUGAAGAGGAGACUUCAGAAAGCAACAACCUGGCGCCAAUAUCCAAACAGAAACGUUUUCAGAUGCGUUAUGAGAAGCAUUUGAGUAUACUUUUAAAUGGGGGUCGACCACUCAGCAGCGAUUGUAAGAAGUGGAAUUCUUAUGAGUACUUUUCAGUGGCAAGCAUCAAGGAGGAAAAUCAACCCAGACGUUAUCACUUUCGCUGCAGUCGCAAAAGAGAUUUUCGGAGUGGUGAAAUUUUUAAUGGACCCACUUUUAAGGCCCAGCAUGUAAUGGAUGAAGUUAGAAAAGUACUGAAAGAUGAAAAUUGGAUAUCAGAGUAUGUCAUCGAAACGCCUCUAAAAGGAAAAACUGAAGCUGACGCAUGCUAUAAUUGUGAUCAAUACAUUCAAAAUGUAGCUUCUUACGCCAUGGGUGCAGCGUAUCAAAGGAUUUUUCUAUUUGUGCUUCAUUUACACAAAGAAUAUAUGAAAAAUAAUUAACAAUUUCAUAUAUAAGUUUAACAUUUACACAUUCGUCUAAUAUUAAACUAAAUGGUUUAUUUACCAAAAAAAAA